CGCAAACAAAAUAUUUUAAAUUCUGAACGCAGUCGGUCGGACUGAGUGAAGUGGAAUCGGAGCUGAAACACCCCAAGAGCGAUAAAGACUGUGGACGCGCACUGCGUUAAGAGGAUACCGGUGUAGUUGUCUCAAACACAUCAUAUUACGCGAUUUCUGAAACUGAGCCUGCGAAGCACUCUUCCCUUUUCAGUUUUUGGAGCGCAGCGGGCAGCUUUUAAUUCAUGCUACAUUUUCCAUCGGAGACAGGAGUGUGGUGUAUGUUGCCAGGCAAUUACAAGUUAAAUGGUAUUUUGGAGAAGUCGGCAUUAAGAAAAUAAAUAUUGGAGCACCGGACCAGUCGCACAUCGGAAAAGCAAUACUUGAGAGGACUGUUAUGAAGAGGGGUUGAGAAAGGACGAUGCAAAGGCUGUCAACGCUUUGAAGUUCGCGAGACCCGACCUCAAUCUCUGACCGACUUUCAAUCGGCCCACUGAAUUAAUUAUUGGAACCUGUCAUGUUCGUUUAAUGUACAUGGAGAAGAAGAGUUAUUUACAUGUAGGCUAUUAUUAAAACCACGCAAAACGCGGUACCCUGGAAAGUCCAUUCACUGGAAUAUAUAGCGUUGUAAUACAGAAGGAAAUAGACUACUGAACUACAUAGUACAACCAAUAUUUCCGAAGAGACGUUUGAAUUUCCUCUGAAAUGGACUGACACCGAUCAAACCAAACGUAUCUCGAUAAGAUAAUGACCGGCAAUUUAGAGGCUUAUUGGGACUUCAGAGUUGAGAAAAUGCAUAAAGAUAAGUAACUGACUGACAGUUGGUGUUACAUGUGUGCAAGAUUCAUUCCAAAAGUGGUGUGAUAUCCUCUCUUGUGAUGAUUAAGUAUCCCUAGUCUGGUACCGGAGGCAUCUCGUGGUAACACAGUAGCUGCGGCAAGGAAGGAGUGGAGUUUGGAGAAAUCAGCAAAUAAACGCACAGAAAAAAUGUGGCUGCGAAUUCUUCCGCAGGUGUUGACCAUCUGGGCUGUGGUGAUUUCCGGGACAACGGCUGACCUGACCUGCGAUACACUGCUACUGCUGUCCACCAAUCUCACUGCACGUACGUUGGCACUGUGGAAUCUGACCCUCACACCCAGCAAUGUCACCGCCGGCCUGUUCUGUAACAUGUCCAUCGAUCCCAUCGGUACCUGCUGGCCAAAGAGCACCGCAGGGGAGUGGGUGUUACGGCCAUGUCCAGAGAUGUUCUAUGGCGUCAAAUACAACACCACCAACAAUGUGUAUAGAGAAUGCCUUUCCAAUGGGUCUUGGGCCAUGAAAGGCAACUACACCCAGUGUCAAGAGAUUCUCAAUGAGAAAAAGAGCAAGCUGCAUUACCACAUAGCGGUGAUCAUAAACUACAUGGGACAUUGUAUCUCUCUGGCAGCCCUGCUGGUGGCCUUCAUCCUCUUUAUGAGGCUGAGGAGUAUCCGCUGCUUGAGGAACAUCAUCCACUGGAACCUGAUCACAGCUUUCAUCCUGAGGAACGCCACUUGGUUCGUCGUACAGCUCACCAUGAACCCUAAGGUGCACGAGAGCAAUGUGUUGUGGUGCCGGCUGGUCACGGCAGCCUAUAACUAUUUCCACGUGACAAACUUCUUCUGGAUGUUUGGGGAGGGUUGCUACCUGCAUACAGCCAUCGUGCUCACCUACUCCACCGACAAGCUACGCAAGUGGAUGUUCAUCUGCAUUGGGUGGUGUAUCCCUCUUCCAAUCAUCAUUGCAUGGGCCAUUGGCAAGCUUUACUACGACAACGAAAAGUGCUGGUUUGGGAAGAAGGCAGGAGUGUACACAGAUUACAUCUACCAGGGCCCAAUGAUCCUGGUGUUGCUGAUCAACUUUAUAUUCCUCUUCAACAUUGUGAGAAUCCUCAUGACCAAGCUGAGAGCCUCCACCACCUCGGAGACAAUACAGUACAGGAAAGCGGUGAAGGCCACUCUGGUGCUGCUGCCUCUCCUGGGCAUCACCUACAUGCUAUUUUUUGUCAACCCCGGAGGGGAGGAUGAGGUCGCCCAAAUAGUCUUCAUCUACUUCAACUCCAUUCUGGAGUCUUUUCAGGGCUUUUUCGUGUCAGUGUUUUACUGCUUCCUGAACAGCGAGGUGCGUUCUGCGGUUAGGAAGAGAUGGCACCGCUGGCAGGACAAGCAUUCAAUCAGGGCUCGAGUGGCGCGCGCCAUGUCCAUCCCCACGUCGCCCACGAGGGUCAGCUUCCACAGCAUCAAGCAGUCAUCGGCUGUUUGAGGACCAACAAAACUCUGCUUUGGCUGAAAGCCCCCGUCUAACCUCUCUCCGCCAACCACCCCUCCAACAUGUCCACCACAGCAGAGCACCUCUUUCCCCUCUUCUCUCCAAACCAACCGAGGGAAACAGCUACCGCACCGUGAUGGUUCACACAGGGUACACUUGGUCUGUAAUACCAACCUCACAGACCCCCUCCCAGGGGAGCGGUGACCUCUUUAGUCUCUCGCCUGCUGAUAUAUUGAGGUACGUUCGCUCAGUGCGUUCCCUCCGAAAGCUACGAAGGCUCAUGAUGACAAUGACCAAAAAAAGUAAUGUCAGGAGCUGACUUUUUGCCAAAAGGCAGCACAGGGUAUUGGUACAAUCCCUGUGGCGUUGGCAGAUUCAGUUGAGAGGUGACGUUUGAUGUCAGAUCUAUUUUUUUCACCUGUUCGUCAGUAAAUUUAUUUUUCUCUUAUUGUUUUUUUAAUUCUGCAAAAUCCAGAAGUUGGAGUCCAUAUGAAUGGAGUUGGAGUCCAUAACAAGACUUUGAGAGUGGGAAGAAAAUGGUACUGGGACACGUGCUUGUAUCAGUGUCAAAUACAUGAUCCCUGUUGGACUGACCUGUUCAAGAUCAUAGACACAACCAUUUGAUUCUUGUUCCUUUGCAUGUUUUUAUUUUCUGUAGAAACAUUUCUGAACUUUGAGUUGGCUAUGCUUGCUGGCGCUGCAAAGGGAAUGACUGCCAUGGACCAUUCAUUUCAGGUCUGUCCAGACUGCUGUCUCUAGAAAACAUUCUCCCUUUCCUUCCUGCUGUUUUUCUGAUGGAUCUUCAUGGAGACCCUGUUCCGAUGUGAAAUCUUUGGCCUCCAUUGAAGAUGGAUGCCUUCCUCAUUAUCCUUAAAGCAACAACCAAGGCAUUGUGCAUGUGGAAAAAGGGGAUGUGACGUUAUCCAACACUGUUGCUAAUGUGAAGGAACUGUGAAAAUUGGUACCCACUUGUCAAAGUAAUGUUCUGUUGAGUGAGGUUGUAAAAGGUGUUCAUUUUCAACUGGAUAAGCACUCCUUUUUGAAAGCACUUUUAUUUAUUUCAAAUUCCCAAAUUACCUGCACUGUAGUAACACAACUUUAUCAUAGCAUUGUUAAAAGCGAGAUUGGGAGAAAUGCCAAUUAUUCAUUUUGUUUUUAAAGAAUUGGGCUAGAUAUGUUAAGGUCUGAGAGGAACAUGGAUGUUUUGGUUGAUUCAUCUCUACAACUUGCGUAACUUAUCUGUACUAAAUCCAGUGGGUACUGGUAAUACAUGUUCCUUUCAUCUUGAGCCAUCCAUUAUGAAGGACCAUAAAAAAUCUGAUCCUCAUUCCAGAACAUAAAACCAUUUAUCAGAUAUUGUCAUGCACAUAGCACAACAUUAUUUUUUUGAAUUACACAUUCAUAAGUCAAAGUAACAAGGAAAAGAUGAACACAAGGUCUGGAAGAUGAUUGAGUGAAUGUUGACUUCUUGUGGUUUGUUCUGACAAAGGGGAAUAGCGUGAUGCAUAUUCAGAUAGACAUUAUCUAGACAGGACCAGUCUCAAAUGUAUUGCAGUAAGAUUCACCUCUCUCCCUCUCUCUCUCUCUGAAAAAUAUUGUGGGAGCCCUCCCAAAAAGCUUGUGAACUUGAAGCUUCAAUCUCAGGGUUCAGAGAACCAGUUGGCUUCCACACACAACCCCACACAGCACAGGAUGAAAGCAAUUCAGACCAAAGUGCUACUUGGUGUUGUGAAGAUAGCUCGUCCCAGUAGGUAGAGCUGUGAGAGGACUGUGAGAGCUAUAAUGGCCACAGGGACUUCACAUCUGCCUCUCUCUCUCUCUCUCUCUCUCUCUCACACACAGACCAGCAUGGUCCGCUAAUUAGCUGUACCUGCAGGGAAGUCACAGCUAGUUUAGCUGACAGCUAAGAGUCAAGGGACAAUUCAGGAAAGAGAGAAGAGUACCAAAGCCUGUAUCCUGACACUGUUCUCUGCUGCGCAACAUCUCUAUGAAUGAGCAAGUGAAUGAAAUGAAAGGGGCUUUUGUGGUAUAGAUAGAGGCAAGGAUGGAAACUGGGACCAGCUGGGAUUUGACUUAAAAUGUUCCCCUGGCAUAGCCUUGGGAAGUAGGGGUGCUGAGGUUGCUGCAGCACCCCCUAAUAAAUCUACAUUUAAAAAAGUAUAACAAAAACAGUGAAAGCACCCCCCCAAAACGUCGUCCUGCGGCCAUGCUCCUGGGCCAUAGUGCACAAACAGGGACAGAAAAAGGGAUUGUUGAUUCACAGAUUGUCAGCUGUGUUCGUUGUUUUGAUGUUUUUCUUAAGGGUUUGAAAGGCAUAGAGGGCUGUUUUUCAUGUAUUUGUUCAUACAGACCUUUGUGUUUUUUUGGAACACAACUAUAUGCAGUAUUUUCAACGUCAUGUCAACUCAAAAAUUCUAUGUGAUGUUUAAUCAACGUGGAAAACUGAUUGGAUUUGCAAAAAGGGAUUUAGGUAUUUUUGUCACCCAACCUUUAACCUAAAUCCAAUGAUAGGGUGACAUUUUUGGUUGAUUUCACGUUGAAUUCACGUUAGUUGACAACUCAACCAAAUUAAAAUGAAAACUAGAUAUUGAACUGACAUCAAUACAGUGGGUAUUCAGUUGAAAUGCAUCCUGAAGUGCUAACUGAUAUUAAAAACACCAAAAGAAAUGAACUAUUUGACACAUAAACCUCAUGCUGACAAGUCAUCGAAAUCCAAAGUGACGCACCCUGUCACAAGACGCUGUGAUUAUUUUGCAAAGUCAUAAACAAAGCCAACCCUCCGUUGCCAGAUAUGUCUAUAGGCAACAACAAAAAAUUGGUUGAUCUGAAUCCUUUUUUUCUUCCCGGACCCUUUUGAUCACUGGCAUAAAGCAGUCAGAAUAAAAUGUGUGAUUUCAUUGGCAAUGUUGUUUACAGAUCGCUUUCAGUGAUAGUUAUAAAACGUAUUGUCAGACAGAUGUAUCCUAUUCGCUGAAACAAAUUAUCACAAGAAUCACAGACUCGGCUUCAUCUAUGUCUGCCUGUCACCUGUGGGCUCUGCUUUGUUACCCAGUCAGGGAUGCUACGGUCAUCUAACACACACCAUGUACUCCUAAACAGCCAGGAUACAUAAGGUUAUUACAUGCAUUAGAUUCGUCUGGAAUGGAAUUGCCAAUGUAUGAUAGUGUUAUGCAUUCCAAUUCCAGGUAUCUGCCUCUGUCAUGAAACUAUGUUACCUCAUAACAAAAUGAUUUACCCUGGAAUUCAAAAGCCAGUUCAGUUGGUUCUCUGUUAUAAUGUUCCAAGGACCCUGUUCUACAUCACUGUUUCCAGAUUUUGGGGACUAUUCUGAACACAUAUUCCAGUUAUCGUAACCAGAUGCUAUUGAAAACCUUUUCAAUCAAAUGCAGUAUUUCAGUAUUAUGUAGCAAAUGGACGUUUUGGCUAUGUUCCUUCCCUUUCCAGGAAACAGGAAGAUUUUCCUUAUUAUUAUGAGUGUCUCUCAAAGUGUGUCGUAGUCAGCAUACUUCUCCAAUAUAGUAAUUACAUUGAAAAUGGCUCUCAUUAUCCAGUAUACAGUAUACAGACGGCUUCAUAUUGAAUUCCAGUUAUUUGCACGAAUGCUAUUAGUGUAGUCAGCUGUCAUACCACUGAGUGUCAGCAACAUCGGUGUGAUCAAAUGUUUUCUUGUUUUUCUUUGCCAUUCCCAAAAUAGUGUGUGGUUACAAACAUCCUCCAAAGACACAAGCGCAGCUCUCUAGUCAAUAGGCUGUUCUUAUUUCUUGCCCUAUUUCUUCAUUUCAAUAAGAAAUGCUGCUGCCCUUUCUCUUUUUUUAUUGUUUUGUAUUGUGCAGAGGGGUCUUGUCCGAUUGCUCUCGAUGCAGUUAUAGUUACUAUAACAACGAUGUAAGUAAGUGUUCUUUCUCGGGUAUGUACGUUGCGUUUGUCUUUUGUGAAGGUCUAAGAAGCGAAAACAUUUGUAUUUAUUUAAAUGUCACAGGAUUGUAUAUUUAUCACAUGAUUUAAAGGGUACAGCUUUUGUUGAAGUACACAGGCCAACAUUACCUAUAACGUAGAUUGAUAAAUACAUCUAAUUAUGUCCACAAUGUGUCUACUUAAGAUUUUUGUAAUGAUGAAAGGUGCGAUACGUAGGUUGAUGUCAUUUUUUUUCACUUUUGUUUGUUAUGUUUGAUAAUGUUGCAAUUCAAUUUUCUUUCCUCUUUCAAUGUCCAAGAAGGAAAAAUUAUAUUUAUUAUGUUUUAUGAAUCUACUUGUUCAAUGUUGGAAAGCGUUGAGAAAUUGUACAGAGUUUGUAAAAUAAAAUACAUAGCAAUCUAAUAAGAGAAAUGUGGAGAGAGUUCAAAAUAUAUGGAAGUGCUACUACAUAAAUUGUGCAUUAAAAUGUUUUUUAACAAACCA